AUGGAUCUCUUUCGGCGCGCGUAUAAGCGCGUGCCAUCGUCCACGGCCGUUCCUCAACUCCCAACCUCAGACGAGAAAAGAGCAGCACGGCCUAAGCGGCUGACUUCUAGCAUCGACUUCUUCCGGAGACCACUGAGGUUAAGGGGCAACUCUAGCAUAUCUGUUCCCUUGGGCGUUGUUGUGCUCUUCCCAUGUAUUGUCGUCAUCCUCAUCCUCGUCUUGUUUGUGAAACAUCCAAGCUCCCCAGGCAUGAUUUUGAUGCCUGCCGGGGCCCCUCCAGCCAUACGGAAAAUCAGCGAAGAGCAUGACAAGGUCUUUGUGACUGGUUGCGAGGAAAAUAUAGACACCUCGCAACCCCGGGCCAACGCGGCUUUCGUCGUCCUCGCGCGGAAUAAGGAACUCGAGGGUGUCAUCCAGUCCGUCAAGUCUAUCGAACGUCACUUCAACAGGUGGUACCAUUACCCGUAUGUUUUCUUGAACGACGGAGACUUCAACCAGACCUUCAAAGACGUCAUUCGCAACUACACUUCAGGCCCUGUCGAGUUUGGUAGAGUUGGUCCAGAGAUGUGGGGAUACCCCGAGUGGAUCGACCCCAAGAUCGCGAAGGAGGGUAUCGCCAAGCAGGGCGACGCCGCCGUCAUGUACGGUGGACUCGAGAGUUAUCAUUCGAUGUGCCGGUUCUACUCUGGAUUCUUCUACAAGCACCCCCUUCUCGCCAAAUACGAAUGGUACUGGCGGUUGGAGCCAGAGAUCAAGUACUUCUGCGACAUUACCUAUGACCCCUUCCUCAAGAUGAUUGAGCACAACAAGACCUAUGGUUUCACAAUCGCUGUCAAGGAACUUCGAGAAACCGUCCCUAAUAUCUUCCGAUACGCAUCUGCCUACAAGAGAGUCAACAACAUCACUUCUCAGGGUCUUUGGGAGAUGUUCGUAGAUCCCAUCGAGAAGCCUGCGCCUGCGGAAGACACUAGCCAAAAGCCCCCAUUGCCUGAGGAAAUCUUGCGCAGUGAUCCUAAAAGCUUGCCCGAGAUCGACCCUGAUGCCAUGGAAGGCGAGAGCUACAACAUGUGUCAUUUCUGGUCCAACUUCGAGAUUGCCAGACUUAGCUGGUUCAGAAGCAAGGAAUACGAAGACUUCUUUGAGAUGAUGGACCGCAGUGGUGGUUUCUGGAUGGAACGAUGGGGUGACGCCCCUAUCCAUUCCCUCGCUGCGGGUGCCCUUUUGGCUCCCCGCGAUAUUCACUACUUCCGUGACUUUGGGUAUCGACACACCACUAUCCAGCAUUGUCCUGCUAAUGCCCCUGUCCGUCAAUCACCUCGAGAACCCUACCUAGAGAAGACGACCCUUGAUGAGAAGUUGCGAAUCGAGGAAGAUGAGUACUGGGAGAAUUGGGAUACCCCGAAAGAGAACGGCGUUGGAUGCCGCUGCCGAUGCGAUACGGAUAUCGUAGAUGUCGAAGGCAAGGAAGGUUCCUGCUUGGCCGAGUGGGUCGAUGUCGCUGGUGGAUGGGCGAGUCCGUAA